AUGGUGAAGGCUCUCGCCACGGCCCUGCUAUUGGCAGCCGGUGCGCAGGCGGCGGCGCAGAUCUCCCACAAACCGAUCAACAUCACGCUGCCCGACAGCUCGCCACUGCUCGUCUACUCGCCGCGGGAGGCGAACGCCUCCAUGCCCAACUACACGUACAACCCAGACCUGUGGAACACGACGUUCGUGCGCCGGCCAUGGACCGAGUGGCAGCCGAAUACGCUUGGCCGCGGCGAGUCCUCGCACCGCACGAACAAGGCAGGCAACAGCGUCAGCGUCACUUGGCUCGGGACGGGGGUCUACUUCCACGGCGGGUGUGAGAAUGACUGCAAGGUCACGCUGAGCAUCAACGGAGGCCCGGAGAAGGAGUUCACCCCCGGCCCGGGGUAUGAGGGCGGUGGCCCGCUCGCGUUCUUCAAUGACCAUGAUGCCACGGAGAACACCCAGAACACGGCCGUGCUCACGCUCAAGCAGGGUGCGAUAGGCGUGCAGCGUGCCAGCUCGGACGUGACGGAGACCACUCUGAACUGGCUGAACACGACGACCGGGACGGAUAACAACAUAAAUCCCGCUAUUGAUUCCAAGAACCCGGACGGAACAGUGUGGGGAGGCGUGCACCUGCUCGGAAACGGCCUGGACCAAAUGGUCUACCGGCGCAUCGACACGAAGCAGGCCAACUCGUACGCGCAGUUCCGGAUCCCGGAGAACACAACCAUGGUAUCUCUGUGGGGGACUAUGAAUCUCGACCAUGGAAACUUUACUGUGACUGUGACUCCUCCGCCGCCCGGAUCCAAGACAGAAGGCAAGACACUGCUGAACGGGUUCGCGACGUGGUCCAUCAUCGACACGCCGCUGUACAUGGCCCCGCUCGACCCGAACACGGACUACACCCUCCGUCUCGAGAACCUCGAGCAGGAUAAGUACCUCGAUCUCGCGAGCGCGAGAUUCUACACACUCGACCCCGCCAAUGCCGCCCAGCCCGAACCGGUCACCGAACAGCCGCAAUCGCACGGGCUCAGCGCCGGCGCUAUUGCGGGUAUUGCCAUCGGCUCGGUGCUCGGCGCGAUGCUCAUCGGCGGUCUCAUCGGCCCCGGACCCUACCUCGUUAACGACGACGAGCGGUUCGAGGUCGACCCCACGCUGCAAACGACGCAGUACACGAUGGCGUCCUCGGGAUCGGGCCGUGGCUCCUUCGGCCGCGGCUCCCUGCAGACCAACGACGUCUCCACGCUCGGAUACACGCACUUCACGCCUCUGGGCGAGGAGGACCCUGCGGACGAGAAGACAGGCGUCCUGCACCAUCCCCCGCCUGGCCGUCCCGCCCCCUUGGCCCCAUUAGCACUCGAUCUGAAGCGGCAGCUCGCCGGCUUCGAGUCCGUCCCCCUCAGUCCCUCGGGCAGCGGGCGCAACUCGUUCUCGCGCAACGGCAGCGGCCUCCUAGUUCCGCCUCCCGAGAGCGAACUGGCAACGUAUGCGAGCGGAAGCACCGCGUCCAACUCGCACGGCACUAAUGUGGGUCCCUCCCACGGCGGUGGGGGCAGCUACGGCGUCGGUCGUCGUCCCCGCGCUCCCCUAAUCGACUACGUCAAUGCGCAGGAUGCGGGCCCCGUCCCAACGACCGUGACACAAGUCGAGAUGCCGCCCAGCUAUAACCCAGAGUGGGCCGAGAGUGGGAGUCUCGCUAGUAACGGGACGGGACAGGGGCAGCAGCAGGAAGGAGGAGAAGAGAGGAAUGCACCAGGUCGCAUGAACUCGAUCGUGAGGGCGGCUAAGGGCCUCCUCUGA